CGGGGUCACCUGCGCGGUUGCGUUUCCAUCUUCGUUACUGGCCUUUGCAUCCGACAAAGUGAGGCCUCGCUCUCGUCUUGCCGGUAAAGAAAUUUUCUGGCAUUCUGCACACUACCGCACAUGUUUUUUGUGCAAUUCUGCAGGGGGCGUCCGAAAAUGAAGAAAGUCACCGGCAAAAAAUGGGUAGGGCCGGGCUAGGUACGCGACAGUAUCGAGCAAAGUUGAAGACACGGGUCGUCACCGUCGGUCCGGUCAAGCCGGAGCCUGUCCUUCAUAGCACAUUUGCUCGCCUCUUCGUGGAUUCCCUGGUUUCUCCCCGUUUUUUACUCGUGUUUUUCCUCAUUCAACUAAGUGUUCUUUUCCAGGGCUCGUGUGCGGAAGCUCGCGCACCCGGCACGGCGCAGGCCAGUCCCGCCUUGAGUUUUUGGCGCCACGCCGACACUCCCCGUGGAAGGCUUGCCAGUUUUUCCAGUUCUUCAGAGCCGUCUCUGCGGUCCUUUCUUGAUCUGUCGCCUUCUCCGUUGGACGCUAUCCAGGCCUCUGGUCUCUUUGAUGUUCAUCACAGCGACUCGUUGGCCGUUCCCCAGCCGCUGUCGGAUCUUUCUGGUGCUCCCCUGUCUCUUCUCCCUGGAGACAACGAACCACGAGAAAGCGUGAAUCUGUCACUCGAAACACACUUACCUGCGCUCUCCGUGAAUACGCGAGCACUUUCCUCGUCUAAGUUUUUUGCACCGCUCUCUCGUGUCUCGUCUGUACUCCGCUUGCACAAGUCCACUCCACGUUCAGCCUCCGAGACCAAGUCGUUUUUGUUUCCUUCCGUGGGUUCUGACCCGGCAGAUCUUUCCCGAAAGCUGCCCAUUGGUCUCACGUCAAGAUUCACUUCUCUUUAUGCCUCAAAGCUCGUGACGCCUUUUAAAAGUGGUAGCGAUCGGGACGAGGAAGGAACACUCAAAACUGAAGCUUCUCGCUUCUCCGAAGAGUCUGACUCUCCCGGGCUUGCUCCGCGUGUUUCUUCCGGUGGAAAACGCGACCCGUCCAUUGGUGAAGGGGUCGACGGUGAGACACGCAUGGCACAAUUCCUGUCAACAACCCGCCUUCUCCGUGUCGCUCCUUAUUUACCCUCUGUCAGUGACGCCCGUACAAUGCUGCCCGUCCACGAUCUGAGUGAAAGUGUUCCGCACAACGGAACGCUUUCCUCUGCAUCCUCUCUGCCUACUCGUUCUGUGUCAUAUCUGGAGUCUCCGCGAGAAAACGACGACUCGAGGGCGUUUCUCGUCGCCUACGUGACGGGGUUCGGUCCGUUUGGAUCAGUCCGAAACAAUCCGACGGCCUGUUUGGUCUCGAAUUUAGGGUAUGCUCUUUUGCAAGCACAACGGGGCGAAGCCAUUUCAAUACAAGACCCACUGGUGGAUUUUUCCUCAGUUUCCAGGGAAGAGGACGCAAAAAGUCAUCUGGUAAACGAAACCCCGGCAGAAAAACUCGUCCCUCCACUCCGGUCAGGCGUUCCUUUCGACGACGUAGGCACUUCGUGCUCGGCAGAGCUGGACAACGCUUCUUCGCAUCAAGAUGACGGGAGAGAAAAUUCCCGCAUCGGCGAACGGGAAGAGCGGGAGGCGGCAGGCCACCACAGGGGACAGACACGCGCGAGUCAAAUCUCGGACUCAUGGACGGGGAAAGACGGGGUUUUCACGGUGGAAGAAACUCAGAAGGGGGCAGGUGAAAGGGGAGACAAGCACUCUGGGAAAGGCGUUUCAUAUUCGCCUCCCUUUUGCUCCGUUUCUCCCGCCAUCCAUCUCUGUGGGGUAGAAAUUUUGGAAGUGGCGGCAGCGGCAGCGAAAGAGGCUGCGCUGCGAAUCGCCGCAGUUCUUCGGUCUGCAACUUGCUCGUGGACAGAAGGGGGGAAAACGGCACUCUCAGACUUGGAUUCACGAGUACGAAACGCCGCGGGUCCCCAGGAAACAAGUGAGGCGGCGGACAACGCACGAAGGACACCGGCGACUGUGACUCGCAGCGCCGACGGAGGAAAUGCGCACAUAGAGAGUUCGGGAAAGCGACCGGCUGAAGUCGAAUUCAGCGAAGUUGAGGGUGUCAGCGGAACCCAUCCGGUUGCGAGGAUGCAGGGGAUGCUAAAAACACUGUCACUAAGGCAGGAAACAACGGCGACACAGGUUUCGGACUCGGAGCGGGACGGUACUCGCGAAGCGAAUGGAGACGAACACGCGAAGGCAUCAGACGGGAGGAUUCUGAAAAAACUGGCUCUUCAUUUAGGUCUCAACCAGUCUGCAACCGCGUUUGAGCUCGAGAAAGUUGGCGUCAACGAGGCGCACUUCAGCAUCCCAGACCAGCGGGGCUUUCUUCCGGAAAAGCAGCGAAUCUCUGAAACCGGCCCUGAGAGGCUGCUCACCAACCUUCCACUGGAGGAAAUUUGUUCGAGCCUCAGAGACCGCGGGUUCCCUUGCGAAACCUCAAGCAACGCCGGCCGCUUCGUCUGUAAUUAUAUGUACUACCAAUCGCUUCUGGAAAACCUCAAUUCUGACGCCGAAGUCUUGUUCGUCCAUGUGCCACCCUUUUCAGCUGUCCCGUACUCCUGGCAAGUUUCUUUUCUGCUUCAACUCCUCGACGUUAUCCGUAGACUUCCUCCACAAUCAACCCGACACCAAACGCAGAUUCUUCCCAGGGAAACGAGUGGCGAAUUCGAUUGGAAUUUUAGGGGUCGCGAAAUCCACUCUUCAUUUCGGCCGUCCUCGUUUCCCACGGCGCCCCGUCCGUGGAAGAUGGCGAAAGAACGAGGGAGCAGGAAGAAACACGGGCAGAGGUCGGUGAAAGAGACAAAUGCGCCUGGAGGAAAAGUGAAGCAGGAGGAACCGGAGUAUGAAGUUGAGGAUGUUGUCGCCUACACUGAGGACGACCGGGGAGUGGCGCGGUGGAAAGUACGAUGGAAGGGGUAUGACUCCGACGAAGACACUUGGGAGACGCGAGCGAACUUGCGGGGCUCUCCAGCGUUCUGGAAGCAGAUGGAUAGGCUGCAGCGAGAGUGGAGACGGGAUCACCGAGCCGACUCCGAAACGGACUUCGAGGACGAGAGCGAGGCAGAAGAUAAAGUCGGGGAUAUUACACGGCCGGGAAAGGCGCAGGCCAGGACCCGCAGAGGCGAUCGGCACCAGCCGGUGAAGAAGAAAAGGACGGAGAGGUCCGCGCAGAGGAAAGCGGUUUCCGAAGACGAAAAUGGAGAAGAAGACGAUGAUGCUGAUGAUGCUGAUGAUGACGCAGAACAGGAAGCAGAGAACGAAGACAACGAACAGGAAGAAGAGUCGAGUGAAGAUGAGAGUGACACUUGCUACCCGAUCAUCUACGGCACCGAUACCGAGCCGCCUCCGCAUCACCUUCCAGAUGAGACAGUCCUGACGGACGGGCGCCUGUCUGUGUUCCGGUUCAAGAACAUUCCUGUGAACGCGGAGUCGCAUGUCGGACUGUCGCGGCCCCAGAGAGCGCGAGAAAGCUGCUCUGGACAGCUGGAAGGAGGCGACCGCCGACGCUGCGCAGCGACGCGCGAGAUGGUGGGGAUGUCGAGAGAGGAGAGCCCAGGGGGGACGCCUUCGCAGAGCGGAACCUGCGUCUACGUGCAGUACCUGGUGGACGGAAAAUUCGUUUACUCGCUGCCUUUCGAACGCGCGCGCUUUUACUGUCCGCAACUGCUUCUCUCUUACCUCAUGGCCAGAACGACUUUCAAGGGAAGCAGCGUCGCGAACCACCGCGCCGCCUCGAGUGCAGGCGACCGCGAGAGGUCUGCAGAGGUACGAGAGACGCACGGCGGAGAGGAGCGCGAGAGAGAGGGAAGGGAGAGAGAGCGUCCGGGGGAGACUCGCGAAAGACCUUUUCGUGAGGAGGGAGAGCCAGCGAGAGGCCAGGGUCCCCGCGAGAGGUGCAGGGAGGAGCGGUGUGUCUUCCGAGUCGACGGAAGCGAGGAAAAUCUCGCGAGAGCGGCAAAUUGCCAAGGCCAUCGCGACGCUGAGGGUGCAACGUCUGCGGACGCGGAGAAAGUGAAGGACGAACUCCGUGGAGAGAAAAGACAGCGAGAAGACGCCGGAGCUCCGAGCAGAGAAACGACUGCGAGUUCCGCGCGGCCGCGGGAGACGCGUCACGUCGAGAGGGGAUCUGAGGACAGCGACAGCGGAGACGAGUACGGGGAAAGAACGCCCGAGAAAAAGCGAGUUGCAGGGAACAGAAGCCGGUCGUUCGUUUCAGAUGAGUCCGACGACAGCAGCGACGCGAACUCCAACAGCGUGGAACACAGACUGGGGAAGGCGGCAGAAGACCAAGGAGCCGCAGGCAGCGAGGGCAACGCCGUCUGCGGGAGGUUCCAACGCUCUCCAGUGUUCUCUUGUGUCGCUGGCUAGACGUCGAGACGAACAACGAGCGACAGUGGAC